AUGGGCGCGUCCGAGCCAUCGACUACGACGAUAACGGCUGCCGCUGUUAAUAUGCCUGAAUUCUGUCCAACUCGUCGGUUCUGGGCAGCUUUCGGUAGUCUCCUGGUCGUGAUCCUAGCCUCUGCAUUAGACGCUACCUCUCUAUCGACAGCACUCUCAAUCGUAUCUCGCGAGCUCGGCGGUACUGCUAUUCAAGCUUUCUGGGCCGGCACAUCAUUCCUGCUUACGACAUUAAUCCUCUUCACCGUUGGAUCUAUCGUUGCUGCCGUUGCCCAUGAUAUGACCACGCUACUCAUUGGGCGUAGCAUCCAAGGCGCCGGUGGGGGCUGA